AUGGUAGCAAGUGUCCAGAGCGCGCUGUUGCAGAAAGCAAGAGACUCCGCUUCGUUCGACACGUCCCAGCUGACGUGCAUACUCUGGGGAAGUGAGAAGGUAGUCAAGGAGCGACGGGCCGCCUUCAAGCGAGUUGAGAAAGCACUCGGCACCAACGACAAUGCAAAGCUUCCUCGAUGCUACGCAGAGACUUCACGCGAGGAUCUAUUCGAGCAAGGCCUUGAGAUGGGAAAAGCGUGCCUUGAUGAUAUGCUCAAGCAUGACCAUGAGCAUUUUGUGUGGAUCACACCGCGAUACAACCUCAUGAACGCCAGCCCCUUCGGCCAUAAAACCAUCCUCUUCGAGCCUGGCAUAGAGCACAACGGUACAGAGGAACAAAAGGCAAAGUGGCUUCCGCUCGCUCGAUCCGGCAAGAUACUUGGCACAUACGCGCAAACCGAACUUGGCCAUGGUUCAUUCGUGCGAGGUAUCGAAACAACCGCCACCUUUGACCCCGAUCGCGAUGAGUUCGUCGUUCACUCACCAAUAAUUUCAUCGACAAAGUUUUGGCCUGCGGGACUGGGCUUCUCGACCACGCAUGGUACAGUCAUGGCGAGACUCAUUGUUGGCGACCAGGACCACGGCCCACACAUAUUUCUUGUACAACUUCGAUCAGUCGAGGACGGCACACCAAUGCCUGGUGUGAAGAUGGGCGAUGUUGGCUUGAAGCUUGGCUAUAACGAAGCUGAUAAUGGCUUCGCCUCCUUCGAUAAACUCACAUCCGAUGGCACAUUCACCAAGGACCCCCUCCGCGCUAAGCUCUCGUACUCCGUCAUGCUGCUCGUCCGCGGUAGGAUGCCUAGUGUCUUUACGGUUCAGCUAGCCCAAGCUUUGACGAUUGCGACACGAUACUCCGUUGUACGACAACAAGGCCUCGGCCCUGCCGAUGCGUUUGAGACCGAAGGAAACGUCUUGCACUACAAGCAUCAGCACUUCCGUCUUUUGAGUUUGCUGGCCAAGACAUACGCCAUGUUCUUCGGCUCUCGGGUCUGCGACGAACAGUACGGCAAACUACGAGAGAUGCAGAGCAAGAACGACCACUCGCUUUUGCCGGCUGUGCACGCAUUGACUGCUGGUAUGAAGGCGUAUGUCACGUCCGAGGCCGCUGAUGGCGCCGAAGACGCACGUAAGCUGUGUGGCGGCCAUGGCUACAUGUCUAUCUCAGGCCUGCCAGAUAUCGUUGGUGCGCUGGUCGGUGGCGCGACGUUCGAGGGCGAGAAUUAUGUUCUAUGGCAGCAACUCGGGCGACACCUUCUCAAGCAACUUGAUCGCCUACAAGAUGGGGAGCCGAUUGAGCCUCACGUGCAGUACCUGACCGAUAUUGAAGACCCCAACCCCCCGUGUAGUGCAUCCGCAACGCAGUUUCUCGACCCAAAAGUACAACUCGCUAUAUAUCGCGAACGUGCACACCGUAUGGUCGUCAAGGCGCAUUCGGCAAUUCGCGCAUCAAGCAAUUUGCCUGCAGAUGCUUGGAACGAGCACAUGAUGCUGCUCAUUUCCGCCUCGCGGGCCCAUAUUGAGUACUUCAUCCUGAAUUCAUUCAUCGACUUCAUCUCAAGCUUGUCUGACUCGACUUGCAACUACCUGCGUAUCGUCUUGAAUCGUAUGCGCUCCCUCUACGCCCUAUCAACGAUCAUAAACCCGCGUACCGUCGACGCAGUAUCCUUUAUCGAGACGGCCGACGAACGCUCUCCAUAUCUUACCUCGAGGCAGCUCGACACUAUUCGCUCUCUCGUCAAUGGCUUGCUCGAUCAACUACUGCCUGAGGCCGUUGCGCUGACGGAUGCCUGGGACUUUUCCGAUGCUAGUCUCUGCAGUGCGCUGGGUAUGUAUGACGGCAAUGUGUACGAGAACAUCAUGCGUUGGGUUGAGAAGUUGCCCAUCAAUCAGAAUGCGUCGCAGAAUGCUGGGGUACAGCAGGGGUGAAAGAAGUGGGUAGAUCCGAUCCUGAAAAGGAAGGCGAAGUUGUAGAACGACGUAGCCUGGAUGUUUACUCCACAUCGUCGCGAUAGUAUACUUGUCAAGGCUGUAUUGGAAGGUAAAAACUGACCCGUUUUGCAUUGGCACAACAGCUACCGCUGGACUUUGGCCUGCUCCUACAUAGGACGAUACAACGAGUCCAGCGGAAUUGGUAACAAUGUAGACUUGUAGACCAUGCAGUCGCAUGUAACGCAGUCUCAAUGCUCUUCAACAUAAUCUGCAAAAUGGUAGUGUGUCCCGAUGCGUCUGUUUAGCUUAUGGUUGUAGAACAAGUAAGUCUUUGUCUGAGAGCACUUUGAUCAACUGACUGGUCCAACUCGGCGCGUUCAGCCUUUCGACCUUGACUUCGAACACAUGAU